AGAAGAUAUGAAGGAUUCAGUGGUAGGUUUAACAGCAGGUGUGUUUAAAGCAGCAGUUUUGUGCUAUGAAGCAGUAAAAUAUGGUCGGUACAAUGAUGCUGCAGAGUUGAGAUGUGUUUUGGUAGUGUGUGUGAGAUUGGAAGUGUUUGAGUUUGUGAGUGUGUGCAUGCAGGAGAAAUAGUGUGUGUCUAGUGGUAAACUGGGUGGUGAACAUUAGUAGUGUUUGUAAGAUCUAAUUUGGAUGGAAGAGAUUAGUUAGAGCGACAGGGAAGCAGUUACACUAAAAGGGAAAGGGAUGUGAACAAAAGGAAGGUAAAAGCAAGUAACUAAUGGUGAUGAUAAUUAAAUGUUGCAAUUUAAAUUUGAAAAUUCCUAAAAGUUAGGGAUUUAAAGAAAUGACUAAAUGUUACGGAUUGAAAGCACUUUUGACAGUAAAACUCAUGAGUGAAUAUAACUGAAAGACAACUGAAGAAGGUAAGAAAACAAAAAUUGGGCUGAAAUCUGUGCACAGACAAAAUUUAAAUAUGAAAUAAUUAACUUCCAAGGGGAAAUUAGAGCUCAAGUUAAGUGUGAUAAAUGAAUUUUAACCAUGUAUUUUACCUUGCAGGAAGGAGACACGGAGGACCCCUUAGAAGACUUCCAAAAUGAAUAGAGAACCUUAAACUUGAUUAUAACGAAUACAAAAGUCUCGUUUCAGAUCUGUUUACACAGGGGGGAGAAGGAGAACGUGGUGCAAAUGUGGACCAGUCCAGACACAGAGUGAGGGUUCCUCCGCAAUUGCGCACGAAAGGGGAACGAGCAUGGCUGGAUUGAGCCUUUCCAGGUGACUGAGAGAACAACGCACGCAGAUCAACUGAAAGGCGAGGGUUCUACAGCUGUGCAACAACAGAGAUCGCUUAGAGAGCCAGAGGGAGAGGUGAGAACAGCAGCUGAAUCGUCUGACCCAGAUGGAGGCCCGCAGCAGGAAGGAGGGGUAGCACACUCACCCCGCAGCAGCAGCAGCAGGAAGGAGGGGCAGCAGAGCCCCCGCAGCACGGGCCUGGCCCGGCCACAGCAGAGACAAGAGUUUCUCAGAGCGCAGCAGCAGCAGCACACAGCCUGGCUGUGACUGAGGAGCGGAAGUGAGGGAGUGACUCAUUCAGCAACGUUUCGAUUGCGUCAAAGUACACUACAUACAGAAACUCUUAAACACAUCUCAUUAAAGAACACACAUAGUCUUAUCACACAUCAACUCAUACUUUUCAUUCACUGAUAUUGCAGACAUCAAGAGCCAGAGUAAAGCUCUUCGUACGUGGGGCUGAGGUAGUCUACCUUCAGAACCCUGAAGCAAGAAGAAAGAAGAAGAGAACUACACGCAUUGCAACUUUAACAUUUACACAUAUAGGGUUAUAAACUGUGAUUUGCUAAAUUAGGGGGGGGGAACACAUUAUUUUUCCCUUACAGGUUGCCUUGGACUCUUGAAAAAACGAAAUUGUAAAAAAAAAAAAAAAAAAAAAAUUUACACUCUGUAACCUUAACACUUACACAUAUAGGGCUAUAGAUAACAAGUUUACUAAAUAGUGGGAAACUUAGAGGGAAAACACAUUUAUGGUUUAAUAAUGGCUUGGUACGGAAAAAGGGAGUGGGACAGGUCAAAGUACGGACACUACAACCAACCAGCAUUUCCUCUGGCUAUUCCAAUAUGGCUCCAGAUAAUAAUAACCGUUGCCCUCAUGGGUAUAAUGAUAAUAACACUGGCCAUUGUCUCAAAGCAAGAACAACUAACAACGGUAGAGGGAACAAUUGUAAACACAUCGGCAACCGUACACCCGACAAACGCAACAACUACAGACCAGCCCACACAGCUUAAUAGAACCAAACGAUCAACCAUCGCCCAGUCCAACUCAAAAUGCAUUAGGCGCUGGGGAGGUAUAGAACUAGACUACUAUUGGGGUGAAACGACCGCAUGGACAGUGAACUUAUGCGACGUAGUGACUUGUGGUAAGCUGGGGUCCAAGGGGGAAGCGGUGUAUUUGUGUUGGUCUCGUGAUGAUGAUCUUAAGUGUAACCAUAACACCGACCAAGCAGCUUAUAAGGCCAGACCUUGUAACAAGCGGGAACACGUAAUUAGGUCAACGCAUGUUAAUUGGGAUCCAAGCGAACGCUGGGCGACUCGUGAGCGGGAGAACUGGAAUAGUAUUAACAUACAAAGGGAUAAUGGUCCGAUAAAUACUCUGAUAACCGUUGCAUUACAGUGGCAAUCCGAUCCUAAUGGGGAAAAAUCUUCGGCAUUUUUUAUAGGGGUCGGGGUGGAUGUACGGGGUAAUGACCCUGUGGGAUGGAUCAAAGUUAGAGUUACAGAUAAACCGACCAUUGACACUGACGAGGCCACAAAGAACGCAAUAGACAAUAAUGGGGGGGGAUCGGUCAAUACUGGGAGCAGAUUAUUCUACAUGGACAACCGAACAGAUCGUGAAGCUAAGUACAGGGUUUGAAGGGAGCAACUUAUGGAUAAAAUGGAUAAAUGCACAAGCCAGAGAAGCUGACAUGGACGGGUGCGUAGCAUGUGCCGCGGCUAGACCGGCAUUGUUUUUAGGUCCAGCGCCAUUGUUUCCAACAGAAGACCCGAUAGGGUUCCAGUGUAUGAUUAGUUUAACACGUAUGGCUAACCCUGCCAAUUGUACUGUCCUGUCAAAUAUUUUUCCAGUCAUAGCAAAUAACACCGGCUCAGGACCAUUUCAGAUUCCCGAUUCAGGUAACUUUACUUGUUUUAACCAUACAGCAGGGGACGAGACGAAGAACCCAAAACACUUGGGCAACAUAAACCCUAAUUGGUGCCGCACUAUAUUUAAUGGCGAUUCCGGUAACUCUAUAGGCCCAUGGGCUAGAGCGGGACUGUAUUAUUAUUGUGGAGGAUCAACCUUACUGUUAAGACUGCCCACGCGUAGUCAAGGCCUCUGCGCUAUGGUAAGACUAAUUUCCCCAAUCACUAUGUACGGCGCACACAAACCUAUUUCUAAUUUGAAUAGGCCUAGGAGAUCGGAUGACUAUGAUUUUGACUUAACCAAAAAUACACCUACGUACAUAGACGCAAUAGGCGUACCUCGGGGUGUACCGGACGAGCAUAAAUUGGUAGAUCAGAUAGCCGCCGGAUGGGAAAGUAUCUUAAUUUGGAUCACACCAAAUAAGAAUGUCGAUCGAAUUAAUUACGUAAAUUACCAAGUAAUGAGACUGGCUAACAUUACCAGGGCAGCAAUAACAGGCUUAUCAGAACAGCUAUCAGCAACCUCACUAAUGACCAGGCAAAAUCGUAUUGCAUUAGAUAUGGUACUCGCGAAUCAGGGUGGCGUCUGUCAUAUGUUCAGAGAUGUAUGUUGUACCGUAAUCCCUAAUAACACGGCCCCAGAUGGAAAGGUAACUACAGCGUUAAUUGCCCUAAAAGCCCUGUCCAGAGAAAUGGCAGAAAACACUGGGGUAGAUAAUCCAAUAACUCAAUGGCUAGAGAGAACCUUCGGUAAAUGGAAGGGGGUAUUUGUAUCUAUGGCUUCGGCAAUCGCUGUAUUCGCUGCUAUUUUAGUUACAUGCGGAUGCUGCUGCGUGCCGUGUAUUAGAUCCCUGAUAGAAAGAACAAUAACAUGAAUGAUGGCGGGCAAAGAAGAUAAACCGCCAUAUAUGUUACCUAUAUUGGAGUGUGAGGAAGAGCAGGAGGAAAUGCUGUAAACCAACCAGUCUUGGAGAUGACUUUAAGGCAAUGAUGUCACUUCCUCCUUUGAUAGAGUUCGAAUUAUUAGCCGCCUGGUGGCAGAGGGGCCGUGGGAGAAUUUUUCCUGUGAAAAAUUGGUUGGAAGGCUGCCGGAACAGGUUUUCGCUCCAACCAUUAGCAAAAUGUUCACACAUAUGUUUAUCACGUGUUGAACAUAUGUAAAUACAUAUUUGGAGGAAUUAUGAUGUGUUGACGUAUCUGGUUGAUACGUCAAAAGGGAGAAUUAAAGAGUAACUGUUUAUUUUA